GUGCCUCAAGGCCUCUUAUUCUCUUAGGUCUAAUGUAAGAUGAAAAUCCACAAAUAGUUUUAAAAUUUUGGCUUCAAGAUAUCGCAGUUCAAUAAUAAAUUAAGAUCUCAAAGCAGUUGCGAUGUAUUUAAAGUUCUUGGUUCAAUGUUAAAUCGUUUAGUGUUAUAAUGUAUACGCACACAGUUUCAUACAUUUGGUGCUGUCGCCAAUUUUAGAUCGAAUUUCACUUCAACGUUAACAAAUUUUUUAUGACAGUAACCUUUAUAAAUUAUCGUGAGGUGCAUGUAUAUUAAGCGACGUAUCGCUGUUGAGUUAAACAUAAAAUGGUCGUAUUUAUGCUUGCUGAACAUUUACAAGGAUAGCUCCCGAUUUAUUCACGAUAAGAUGGACGUCUACUACUUCAGCGUAGUCGAUUACGCAGUGUUCGCGGCUAUGCUCAUCCUGUCGGCGCUCACCGGUCUCUACUACGGCUGCGGGAGUAAAUACUGCAAAAAUGAAGAAGGCCAAACUCUUAGGGAGUAUCUGACCGGCAAUAAGAACCUCAAGGCGAUACCUGUUUCACUGUCACUGAUAGCUAGUUACGUUUCAGGGGUGACGAUUCUGGGAAGCCCCGCCGAAAUUUACAAUUUUGGCACCCAGUAUUGGUUGAUUGUGGUGUCGAUAUGGCUCAGCGGAUUGGCGGUGGCUUUUGUUUAUGUGCCCGUGUUUUGCAAACUCCAAGUUAACUCGUCCUACGAGUACCUGGAACUGCGAUUCAACAGAUAUGUUCGUACUGUAGCAUCAGUAUUUUUUGUUCUAGAUGAGGUGAUGUUCUUACCAAUAAUUAUUUAUGUUCCUUCGUUGGCUUUUAAUCAAGUGACCGGAGCAGAUAUUCAUUUAAUUGGUACGAUAGUCACCGUUAUAUGCAUAUUUUACACACUUUUGGGCGGCUUAAAAGCAGUAGUAUGGUCCGAUACGUGGCAAGUCAUGGCGAUGUUCAUUUCAGUUUUGGUUGUCGUUAUUCUAGGAAGCUAUUCCAUUGGUGGAGCUAGCGCUAUUAUCAAUAUUAAUAAUAAAGGAAAACGAAUUGAAUUCUUCAACUUCACCCCUAGUAUGUAUGAAAGGUACACUUUUUUCAGUGUGCUGGUGGGAGGGUUCACGUUUUGGACUUCUUUUAAUUCCGUAAAUCAAACCAUGGUUCAACGAUAUGUGUCCUUACCCAACGUCAAACAAUCAAAAAUAUCGGUAGCUCUCUUUACUGUAGGAGUCUCUUUGUUCGUUUCUAUUUGUUGUUAUUCCGGAAUCUUAGUAUACGCGGUCUACUCGUCAUGCGAUCCACAUUCUGCUGGAAGAAUCAAAUCGGACGAUCAACUUCUUCCUUUGUUUGUUAUGGAAACCGCUGGGCAUUUGAGAGGUGUCCCCGGUCUCUUCAUUGCAGGUGUUUUUGGCGCCGGAUUAAGCUCAUUGUCGGUGGUAUUAAAUUCGACAGCUCAAGUUGUCUUGGAGGAUUUCGUUAAAGGAUGCCUGCGAAAAGACUUGACCGAGAAAACUUCCAUGAUAAUAGUGAAAACCGUCGUGUUGGGACUUGGAAUCGUCGCUGUCGGGUUUCUCUACGUUGUCGAGCAUAUGGGAGGAGUGCUAGCAGUAGGUGUCAUUCUUUGCAGGAUGGCUACGUCGUUGUCUGCGAUAGCAGCAGGUACCACUUUCGGUGUUUUUACGCUGGGAAUGUUGGUACCAUGGGCGAAUUCAUACGGCGCAGUUUGCGGGGCCAUAGCUGGAGCUUUAAUGGCCGGUUUGGUAUCGUUCGGAACACAAUCGGUCGCAGCGGCAAAGCUGGUAGUGCCCCACAAGUUGCCGGUGUCUGUCGAUGGUUGUUACGACAAAUAUGGCAUUGGAACCAACGCAACAAUUAUAGAAGGCUAAUGAUAAUUAGUGAGUAUUAAAAUUAGUAGUUUAGAAUGCUGCAAAAUGAUGAAUGCUGUAAGAUUAUUCGCCUAUAAACACAUUUUCAUUUUAUGAAAAAAUGUUGUUAUUCCUUCAACAGUAUAGAAAUUACAAACACAAGAACCAGUAAUAUUUGUGUAUUGGCUUGCAAGAUCACCCGAACUGACCUAGCAAAUGCCACACAAUCGUAAAUUUCAGUGAACUGAAACUUGAAACGCAGUUAGAAUAUUUAGAAAACCCAAGACAAUAUUCUUUUAUUUAUCUUUUUAUCAUAGAUAGUUAAGAUUCAAAAAUACACUUUGAUUGUGAACAACUUUUUUAACGAUAUUUUCCUGCUUUUUCUCUAUCUGUGGAACUUUAUUUAUUUAUUUACUUGUUACGAAAUAACAACUGAAAUGCUGUCAAAGUAAUAAAUAAUUUAAAAAAUUUAGGUAAAUUUAGUUUUUUUCAAUGCUCCAAUGAAAAUUAAAAUUUUUGUUAGGUAAAUUAAAACAGGUGAAACGAACACUUCAUUCGGAAAUAAAAAUGAUUGCCUAAUAACUUUAGGAACGCAUUAAUUAUCAUAAUCGUAUUGACCCUUUCUCA